UUACCUCUAUAUAUACAAAUCCAUCAAAGUUUUUCAAUUUUAGUGGCAAUCAAUUGGAAUGAGGCUCUCAUGCUCCAAACUAACGGCCAUCAUCACACCACUCUUUCAUCCUCUUCUUCCCGCCAAAUCCUUCUUCUUCUUCUACUCCUCUUCCUCCGUCUCCCGCGCAAACUCAAAGACCCUUCUCCUCGCUCACUUCAACCGCAUCGUCGACAAGAACUCCGUCUCUUCAUGGAACUCCGCCAUCGCCGACCUCGCCCGAGCCGGCGACUUCAAGGAAGCCCUCCACGCCUUCUCCUCCAUGCGAAGGCUCUACGUGAAGCCCGACCGAUCUUCCUUUCCCUGUGCUUUGAAAUCUUCCGCCGCCCUUGGCUCCUUAUGCUCCGGCCAGCAGCUCCAUCUCCAAGCUUUUCUCCUUGGCCUCCAUCCUAAUCUCUUUGUCGCCUCCGCCCUCAUCGACAUGUACUCCAAGUGUCACGUCGUAGAUGAUGCUCGGAAGGCGUUCGAUGAUACGCCUGUGAAGAACGUCGUCGUCUGGACGUCCAUGAUUGUGGGUUACGUCUGGAAUGAGGCCGCACGAGAAGCUCUUCACACUUUUAAGUGCUUCUUUGCUGAAGAGGGUGGAUCGGAAGUGGACUACGUCGCUGCUGUGUCAGCUUUAUCGGCUUGUGCGCGGAUUGCGGAAAGGAAGGUCACGAGAGGGUUUCAUGGCGCUUUGGUGAAGUUGGGGCUUGAGAUGGAGACAGGAGUGGGGAAUACUCUGAUGGAUGCUUAUGCGAAAUGUGGUGUCUUGGAUGUUGCCAGGAAGGUGUUUGAUGAAAUGUCUCUGAGGGACAAUGUGUCAUGGAACACGGUGAUCGCUGUUUAUGCGCAGAAUGGCUUGUCCACGGAGGCUUUAGAGUUAUACACCUUGAUGUUGAGGAGUGGUGAUGCUCGUUAUAAUGCAGUGACGCUGUCUGCUGUGCUCCUUGGUUGUGCUCAUGCCGGUGCCUUGCAGAUGGGGAAAUGCAUUCAUAAUCAGGCUAUCAGGAUGUGUUUGGAGGAGGAUGUUUAUGUGGGCACCUCAAUUGUUGACAUGUACUGCAAGUGCGGGAGGGUAGAGAUGGCUAGGAAAGCCUUCAAUCGAAUGAAGGAUAAGAACAUUAAGUCAUGGUCUGCCAUGGUUGCUGGUUAUGGCAUGCAUGGUCGUGGUGAAGAAGCUCUUGAAGUCUUUGAUGAGAUGAGGAAAUCUGGUCCAAAGCCAAACCAUAUAACCUUUGUAUCAGUCCUUGCAGCAUGCAGCCAUGCAGGUCUGUUAGGUAAAGGCCGUCACUGGUUUACUGCUAUGCAGGAAGAAUAUGGUAUCAAACCUGAGGUGGAACAUUAUGGAUGCAUGGUGGAUCUUCUUGCGCGUGCAGGGUGCAUUGAGGAAGCCUAUGAUUUGAUUAAAGCCAUGAGAGUUAAACCAGAUUUUAUGGUGUGGGGGGCUCUUCUGAGUGCAUGUAGGGUACAUAAAAAUGUCAAGCUAGCAGAGAUUUCUGCAAAGAAACUAUUUGAAUUAGAUCCAAAAAACUGUGGAUAUUAUGUGCUUCUCUCAAAUGUCUAUGCGGAUGCUGGCAUGUGGAGAGAUGUUGAAAAGAUGAGAGUUUUAAUGAAGCAGAGAAAGAUGAUAAAAACCCCAGGAUAUAGUUCAGUAGAGCUCAAAGGAAGAAUUCAUGUUUUCUUAAUUGGGGAUCGAAGGCAUCUCAAGCAUGAAGAGAUCUAUGACUAUUUGGAUAAGCUAACUGUGAGGAUGCAGGAGGCUGGCUAUGUUCCAGAUACAGGAUCAGUUCUGCAUGAUGUGGAUGAAGAAGAGAAGGAGACAGCAUUACGAGUUCAUAGCGAGAAGCUGGCUGUUGCAUUUGCAAUUCUCAGCACAGCCCCUGGAACCACAAUUCAGAUCAUCAAGAACCUCCGGGUGUGCAGUGACUGCCACUCUGCUAUCAAGUUGAUAGCUAAGCUUGUCGAUCGUCAGAUAGUUGUUAGAGAUUCACAUAGGUUUCAUCAUUUCAGAAAUGGCUCCUGCUCGUGUAAUGAUUAUUGGUAAUGUGAUAGCCCUUGAAUUGUUGUCAACGCUCUCUUCAGUAAGUGUUUGUGCUGAUUGCCAUCCUCGUCAGACUUCAAGAAUGUAAUCCUGCUCCCGUUUCUGGUCUUAUCAACAAUUGCAGUCACCUGUCCAGUUGGUUGACUUACGUUGAGAUGCUUAACUUUGAGCAAGCGUUGGGCAAGAUAGGCAUGCACUAAUUAUCUGAAAAACAAGGGUACUAAGAUGGAACUGAACCCUGGAGAUGCUUUCUGGGAAGGUCUUUAAAGCAGUCAGGUACCAGCAUUCUCUAUAUAAAGAAUUUCUGCAAUUUGAUGUGGGUCUGAUGUCGCAUGUCAUGUCUAUCUCAACAACUUUGUUCAAAAUCAGUCUCCAAAGAAAAUAUUUACACAUUUCCCAAACCGGCUCUUCCUGGAAGCUCACCAGUCUCACAGCAUUGCCACACUAAUUUGUUGAAGUUAAUCAGGUGAUUCAAUAAUACUAAACAAGUUCUCAUUCAUUCUUUCUUCCAACUGUGAAAUUAUUCAAGCUCUGGGGCAUACUUGCAAUUCUUGCACCGAUCUUGCAUUUUCUUCAGUUAAUCGUCUUUCUUUCCUAUUCUCUGAAAAAUAACAGUUUCUGAACAGGAAUUUUGUGAAAGUAAAUUUGUGACCAUGCAUUUUUACAAUUCAUAAGUUAUUGUUAUUAUUAUUUCUUGUGAUGCUUUUCAUACCUCUAAUGUUGUUCCUGCGCUCAUUGCAGCAUUCAUACUUUGGGAUAGUACUGUAACAAUAAUGACUAUCCGUACAAGUGGGCCCGUAUAUUAAUAAACUUUUUGUUAUCUUAAGAUCUGAUAAAUGUUCUAAUAUGGAGGCACACUUUUUCUCUCUCUUUCCUUGAUGAUGCCAUUAUACUGCAUAUAGCUACCAGCUUUUGGUUAGUAUUAUCAUAGACAAUAGUUUUACAGCAGUUAAUUUAAUUUAAAGCCACUAACGAUCUCUGAACUAGGAUUACUAUUUGUUUUCGUCCAUCAACUGAAUAAAUGUGAACAUUUUGCUCAUUUUAGUCUUUUCAUUACUGACAUCAUAAACAAACACCUUACAAUCUUACUGAAUGGUCUCUGUCACGUGCAUAAGGUAAUAAUGGAUGAAUGCAUCAAACAAACAUUUUUAAGCACUGCUGACCCGGGUAAAUAAGAACAACUAAUUUUGAGAUCAGCUAAAGAGUAUAAAUUCCUCCUGCUUCAGUGCCACCUAAGAUUAAUGCUCCAUCUCUGAGGAUUAUUUCUUUGGAGCCACUAAACCAAUUUGUUUUGUCUAUUUUGUCAGGUUUUGCUUUCACUACCGAUGGAAUCUAAGGUCUAUUUUAUAUUUUUGUUUGGAUUACAUGUUAUGUUAGAUUAUAAUGGGGUAGAUUUUUCCAGUGUUUUUUACAUAUACAAAAAUUUUAACUUUAAAGUCGAAACCUUUUGCUUAAGCAAACGAGUUCAACCUCUACUCUUUUGAACUGACCUCUGUAGAUAAAUACGCCUUUAAACUAUUAAUUCAUCGUUAUUUUUUUCAUAUAUUUUUUUGCUCAUGCUUCUAGCACUAGCAGGUAAUUAUAUGUUUUUUUAUCUUUCCACAUUUACGCACCGAAAAGAAAAUUUUACAAUAGUAUUGAUAUUCUUCUGAAAAAUGCAAUUACAUCUAUACUGCUGUGUACAUAUGUGAAUAUUUUACAUCUUGGAGGGGACAUAUAUAAAAAAUAAUCCAGGACCUCUGAAGGGUACACAAGAGGAGACAGCCAUGUGCACAGUUGCUUCCCUUUUUUUUUAAUAAAUAAAUAAAUAAUAAUCCUUGAUUUGUUGGGUGGGAGAGCUGAUGGCUGUGCAGUACCACAUCUCUAGCUUCAGUUGAGGACACCACAUGUUAGUCCUUGUCCCCCCCAUGCUCUCUAGUCUCUCCUUCACUCUCAUUUCCCCAAUGAAUCACUGAAAUCAGACCUUGUUGUAAUGAAGCUACCGACAGUCACUGAUGUGCCUAUCUUAUUUAUGUCCUAUUUAACUUUUUAAUA